CCGCGUCUGACAGCCAGCCAGCCCGGGCCAGCGGCUGCCUUGCCCGGCUGAGAAAUCCGACGGGGGUCGGUUCCGAUCCAGGGGAAAGAGAGCGAGAGGGAGCGGAUGAAGGUAGACGACUCAUUGUUUUUGUUCCUCUCUCGGGACUCGGGGAACAUGUUUUGACACUGAUUGGACUCAGAGGUGGGAGAGGAUAUUAUUUUAUUUUAUUUUAUUCUGUCUCUCUCCAUCGCUUCCACUGCGCUUCUCCUGCAGCCCACAUCAGCGUGCCGCGCAUCGCGAAGGACCAACCGCACUCCCGCUGCUCCGCCGCCGCCGCCGCCGCCGCUCUCGCAUCCUUCCAGCGGAUCGGGGAUCCGGAUAAAAACGUGCGUGGACGCAGUGGUGUUUUCUCCGGCGUUUACAUUAAAUCGCGCCUCUGGAAAGGGGACAAACUUGGAUAAGAUCAGGAAACAACUGCGGGGGGAAAAAAGGCGAGAGGAGGCGAAACAUUUUAUUGAGUAGAGAGGUAGAAGGGGAGCCCGGGGUGUAUUACGGACCCAAGGAGCGGGAGAGGUGGGAGAGCAGCCGCCGCAGCAGAGAGCAGAGGCUUUGUGGUGUCUUCAAACAAGUAAUAUGACCGUAUGAACGAUGUACAGCACAGUUUCAUGAAGAUUAGAGAGAGCAAACAGAGAGGAGGUGACCCUUAUCAUAUCCUGAAGGAGACAAGACAUAGAGCAUGACCCUGUGUUUGUCUGCCGUGCCAAACAAGAGCCAGGGAGAAGCCCUGAUGGCAAGGGAAUCCUUGCCUUCCUAGCUCCAUCAGGAACCCUUUUAAACCUGCUCCAAGCUGCACCGGCGGACUCAAACGUUCCCUACUCCACCAGGAGGCUCGCUCCAACCCAUCUGCCAGCUCAGAUAACCCUCUGAUUGUUGGCAACCACAUGUUUGAGGUGACUGUAUGUGACUGCCGCCGCCGCCCAUUCUUGAGCAGCAGCAGCCUCCUGCAACCCCGAUCUGCACCAUGCAGUGGAGACGGCGGCACUGCUGUCCCAUCAAGAUGACCUGGACCGUCAAGCGUUCGCUCUUUCGGACCCACGUGGCAGGCCUUCUCUCGCUGGCUCUCCUCUUCACCCUCUUUUUAUUUUUCAGCCACCAGGACUGGCUGCCGGGACGCAGUGGGCCCCGGGAAAACCCACUGGCCUACACCAUUAGGGGCUUCCGCAUCCCCAAGGGAGAAGCCAACCAGAGCAGCUCCCUGAGGAGCAUGUGGAGGGAGACGGGGUAUGUGGCACCAAAGCCUCUGCUCAACCUCAGCUCUCAGCAGGCGGAGGGGGCGGCAGGAGAGGCAGGAGGAGGGGGAGGUGGAGGAGGAGCCAGGAUGGGCGUAAUGGGGCUUGGGGACUCCAUGAGCACCAACAACAGUUUACAGAAGGAGAUGGGUGUGGGAGGGAAGCUCAGUGCUCAGCCCUACCGCUACAUCCUGAACGAGCCCUUCAAGUGCAGAGACAUCACCCCCUUUCUUAUACUCCUCAUCGCCGCAGAACCCACCCAGGCCGAUGCCCGCAACGCCAUCCGCCAUACAUGGGGGAAUGAGAGUGUAGCAAUGGGCCUGGGGUUUGUCCGUCUCUUCCUGCUCGGUACGGGAAAGAGCUCCGACACCUUCCUUCAGAGCAGCAUAGAGGAAGAGAGCCGCGUUUACCACGACAUCAUCCAACAGGACUAUCAGGACACUUACUACAACCUGACCAUCAAAACCCUGAUGGGCAUGAACUGGGUGGCCACCUAUUGCCCACAUGCCUCCUAUGUGAUGAAGACAGACAGCGACAUGUUUGUCAAUACUGAGUAUCUCAUCCAAAAGCUGCUGAAGCCCGAGCUGCCUCCCAAGCAGAGGUACUUCACUGGCUACCUGAUGAGGGGCUAUGCACCAAAUCGGAACAAGGACAGCAAGUGGUACAUGCCGCCAGAGCUGUACCCAAGUGAGCGCUACCCGAUAUUCUGCUCUGGCACGGGGUACGUGUUCUCAGGGGACAUGGCCGAGCUGAUCUACCAGGCCUCCCUCAGCAUACGCAGGCUGCACUUGGAGGACGUUUACGUGGGGAUCUGCUUGGCGAAGCUGCGCAUCGACCCAGCGCCCCCUCCCAAUGAGUUCCUCUUCAACCAUUGGCGGGUAUCUUACUCCAGUUGUAAGUACAGCCACCUGAUCACGUCCCAUCAGUUCCACCCCAAUGAACUCAUCAAGUACUGGAACCACUUGCAGAGCAACAAGCACAACGCCUGUAUCAACAUGGCCAAGGAAAAGAACGGCAGGUAUAGACACCGAAAGUUUCACGGAGAGAGGCCUCCAUGAUGCGUCCUGUGACUACCACCCGCUUCAAAACAAGGGAGAUGGGCGCGCUGCAACUGCAGCGGUUGGGGGGCAUGUUGAACUCAGCACUAUACACUAUAUGAGGAAAAGCACAUUGUUUUUGGUAUUGUGUACAGUCGAUGAUCCAAACUAUUUUUUUAAUUUGAGAAAAAAUGUUAAGUAUUGUAAACCCGUUGAGCUAUCUCUAAAGGGCAGAGUGGGGGACAUGUCUGUGCGAUGUGGAGAAUGCACAAAAAUUGCAACUCAACAGUGGUGUUUAUGAUAAUUCAGGUGCCAACAGAACAGUGGUAAUUCAUGCUACAGUUAAUGUCAGGGUUCUCCUCUAAAGGGUAGUAAAGUACGUCACGCUCUACCAGUGCUACUAGAAAAACAAAAAUGAAGACACUUUUGUGUUUACACAGACAAAGGGAAAUGUGUAUUAUGUGGAAAGUUUCACUACCUAAAUAUGAAUGAAAGUAUCUUUGACGUUGACCAGUUAUGCUGCCCUGUUUUUCGGUGUUUACUUUACAUAUUUAUCAAAGAACACAACUUUAACAAGAAGGUUUAUCAGUCAUAUACUGUAUUUUAUUUAAGAAAAAAAUCAACAUGAAAGCAUUCAGAAUCAGGUCAGAGAUGACUGAGAUUGUAUUUUUUAAAGCUUUACAUUGAGUAUGACUGCACUUGAGCAAAUGUGCAAUGAAUCAAUUACCAAUUAAAUGUACUGAAUUCA